AGGCACCCACAGUGCGUCAGGCCGGCGCUUUAUAGAGGCGGCCUGGGCGGCUCCGCUCGCUGUUUUUCCUCUUCCCUGGUGACGGGCCUCACCUGUGGUCGGCGAAGAUGCAGCUCAAACCCAUGGAGAUCAACCCCGAGAUGCUGAACAAAGUGCUGGCCCGGCUGGGGGUCGCCGGCCAGUGGCGCUUUGUGGACGUGCUGGGGCUGGAGGAGGACGCGCUGAGCUCGGUGCCGGCGCCCGCCUGCGCGCUGCUGCUGCUGUUCCCACUCACCGCCCAGCAUGAGAACUUCAGGAAAAAACAGAUUGAAGAACUUAAGGGACAAGAAGUCAGCCCUAAAGUGUACUUCAUGAAGCAGACCAUCGGGAACUCCUGUGGCACCAUUGGACUUAUACAUGCAGUGGCCAAUAACCAAGACAAACUGGAAUUUGAGGAUGGGUCAGUCCUGAAACAGUUUCUUUCUGAAACGGAGAAGUUGUCCCCUGAAGACAGAGCAAAAUGCUUUGAAAAGAAUGAGGCCAUUCAGACAGCCCAUGACGCUGUGGCCCAGGAAGGCCAGUGCCGGGUAGAUGACAAAGUGAACUUUCAUUUUAUUCUGUUUAACAACGUGGAUGGCCACCUCUAUGAACUUGAUGGGCGAAUGCCUUUUCCGGUGAACCACGGCACCAGUGCAGAGGACUCCCUGCUGCAGGAUGCCGCCAAGGUCUGCAGAGAAUUCACUGAGCGUGAGCAAGGGGAAGUCCGCUUUUCUGCCGUGGCCCUCUGCAAGGCCACCUAAAGCCCUGUGGGAAGGAACUAGCUCUUCUCCCCUCUUCCCUUCACUAUCGAAAUACAUCCCUACCAAUGUAGUCUUAAAAUGCUUGUGUUGUAGAUGACAGCUGUUCUCCUUUGGUUCUGUAGCUGUACUCCCUUGAUCACAUCCAAGCGCUAGCAGAGUUCACUGUCUAUUGAGCAGUUUGAUGUAAGCUUCAGAUGGCGAAGCAUUUCCCCUAUUAUAUGUCUUGUUCCUCAAUAUCUAAUGCUUUAAAUGGCUACUUUGGUUUGUGUCUGUAAGGGCCUUGGAUGUGGUUUCAAUUGUUUGUCCUUAUAAAGAAUAAAACUUUUCUGCUGAAAAAGAGAGAA